ACAAGACCCAGGCCCCCGACACACCUCCCCUCUGAAAACCGGUGAGAAAGCUUGGUUUUUGCCUUUCUUUUCUUGUUCAAGAACCAGAUUUGGAGCUUAGAAAUCUCUCCCCCUACAGGAAUUUCCGGAUCUACUCUGCUCUGUCCGUCCGUCUGCUGCUCUUGCCGGUUUGUGGGUGCGAAUUUCUCUGAUUUUUGGAUCCCCCUAAAUUUUCUGCACUUCCUGCCGGCUCCUCCCCAAACUGCAACUUCGGUUUUGCUUGCUAAAUUCUGGUAAGUGGCAGCUCCAUUUAAGUCCCAAAUUACCCAUUAGUUGUUGGAAAUUUGUCUGUUAAAUUGUUGCCCUAUGCUGUCCGAAAAUCUGUUGAAAAAUGGGAAUGAAUUUCGGUAGUAAUUAGAGCAUAAUUAAGCUUAAUUCAUGUGUAAAUUGCUUGAGUUGGCUGUUGUGAUUUUGGAGAAAAAUCUUGUGAAUUAGCCAUUGUUUUGCCAAUUUAUGGAAGUGCAGUUACUGUUCAUAACGUGAUCACUGUUUAUGAGUACUGUUCACGCAUUAAUGGCCAACAAUAGAAGAGUUUAAAUGUGUAGUUAUAUUGAGAAUAAAAUUGAGAUGUUUGGUCAUAUAGUUGAAUUUCGUGUGAAACUUAUUGGUUAGGAAAUUUGCAAGGUUGUGCUAAAAAUUCUAGCAAAGUCUGAAUGUAUUUAUUUGGAAUAUUAGGUGCUGUUAUGGCUGUAAUAUCCCAAAUUUUCGGGAAUUCUAGCAUUUAAGUUAAGGACCAUUGUAUGAGAAAAUGUUAAUGUGGGGCUUAUUAGCUAAAAUCCUUGCCCGAUUCUGCUCUUCUUCUUCUUUCUUUCCGCUGCAGCCGAACAAAAGAAGCCCAGCCGCCGGUGACAUUUUCUUGAGGAAAACCGGUGAGAAAGCUUGGAUUUCUCCUCCUUUUCUUGUUCUUGAACCCAAUAAUCUCCCUUCCCUGCUGGAAAAUCCGGAUCUGCUUUGUUCUUCCUUCCUCACCGCCGGCUGCUCCUGCUUUGUGGGGGCGAAUUGCUUUGAUUUUCUGCUCGUGAGCUUACUCCCCAAAUUGCCGCCGGCUUUUCCCCAACCUGCAGUCCGGUUUUUGGCUGGAAAUUAUGGUUCCCAAUCGUUCUGUCAGUUAGCACUGUGAUUGAAUUUUCGGUUUUAUGCGAGUGAGGAAGUGAAACCGAGGACGGGAAACCACAGGAAGUGACGAGUUAGAAGGCUAGCCAUUUCAAGUUUGAUAUAGAUUGUCGAUAGAAAUCAUGAUCUUGUAAACUGGAGUGUAUUUGGAGAUUUUACGAUAUCAGAGUAAAUUUUAAAGAUUUGA